AUGGCGUUGCAAACUCGGAAUCUGGAAGACUUCAGGAACAACUCUAGGCCUUCAACCUCAAGGCUCCCUAAUACUAUCUCUCCUGCUCAAAUUGAAGCAACAGCGACUUCUCCGAUUCGGACUUUAAGCGAAGAUAGGCGUCAUGUUACUCUCCGUCUGGGACCUUGUCAAAACUCUGAUUCCCAGGAGGAUGUACCUCUAGCUUUAUCUAAAGGAAAGCGAGCGAUAACAGCUACAAAAGUCUUGGGGAAGAAGAAAGUAACUAAACCUGCAACAAAGAAAAGAGUGGUAAAGAGUCCACUCCAGGGUACAAACUCAAAGAAGCGACGUAUUGCUAAAGUCCAGAGCUCUCCUAAGAAUAAACUAAUGGCGGAUGCAAUAGCAGGAGGUGCCCAUGUAACCAGUUCUACGGUUGGAUCUCAACCUAAGACCAAGUGGAGCUACCGCGGCGGUUUCACAGACGGUGAUCUUCGACGAAAUCCAUGGGACGAGACGAAGGUUAAACCUAAAUUGGCCUAA